UUAGUUAAUUAGUGAUACGUUACUUAAAGAGAAGGGAUGACUCUCAGAAUUGUGGCGAGUUCGACGCUAAUAGCUAAGUUUUCUCCGCAAGGACCUGAGAUGACCAGAUAUUAUAUAUAUAUAUAUAUAUAUAUAUAUAUGACCCUGAAAUCAAAUCUGAAUUAAUCCCCAAGCUUUUCUAGGCUGCAAAUUGAUCUUCAAUCUUAUUCAUCAAAAGUUUUAGCCCACACAGGGAACUUUCUUAAAACUUGAUGAUUAAUCAUCCAAAUCAAACGACUUUGUAAAGUAGCUUGUGAAAUGUAAUAAAGUUGUGAACUUAUGUUUCUCAAGUCUUCGGAAUUUAUGCUAGAGAUGGUCGUCUUAAUCAGAAUCAAGCAAACUCCACAGACCCUAGUGAUGCUGCAAGACUCACUAAUGAAAUGUGCCUCCAAACAAAUGGAUGGACAAAAUCCUUGAAAUAUACUCAUCUUUAGAACAAAUUAAGGGUAUAUCAGGUCCUAUGUUCUGACUUAUCUAAACUAUGUGCCUUAACAAACAAUAUAUAGAUAUUUUAGUGUUCCUGCUUCUGCCUUUCAAAAAAUAAAAUUUAAUAAAUGAAUUUUAGGGCUUCGAGAUGGUUUACUACUCAGGUAAAGUAUACUGAUUUCUGAGUGAUUUCAGGGAUACAUACUCGGGAACCCCAUCACUGUGCCUAGUCUUGAAUACAAACUUCAGAUUCCAUAUGUUCAUGGAAUGGCAUUAAUUUCUGAUGAACUCUAUGAGUCAAUAAAGAGAACUUGUGAGGGGGAGUAUCACAAUGUAGAUCCCAGCAAUGAGGAGUGUCAGAAAGAUCUUCAAUAUUAUGACAAGUGUGUUUCAAGAAUUCAAAUUGCACAAAUUCUGGAACCAAGAUGCGCUGAGGCUUCCCCCAUGCCACUAGAAAUGUUAGCUAGAAGGCGGUAUCUUGAUGAACACCAUCAAGAACUCCUAGAUCCUUUUCCACCUCCUACAGUUGGCUGUCGAACUUAUUCAUAUUUGCUCUCUCAGUAUUGGGUUAACGAUGAUGUCCAAAAAGCUCUGCACGUUAGAAAGGGAAGCAUAGGACGAUGGCAGAGGUGCAACUAUUCUAUACCUUAUACAAGAGAGGUUCAAAGCAGUUUUCAGUAUCACGUAAACCUCAGUGCCAAAGCCUACCGUUCUUUAGUAUACAGUGGCGAUCAUGAUAUGAUCGUGCCUUUCUUGGCAACUCAAGCUUGGAUAAGAGCUUUGAACUAUCCCAUUGUUGAUGAUUGGCGGCCAUGGAUGCUACAAGGCCAAGUUGCAGGAUACACGAGGACUUAUUCGAAUCGGAUGACGUUUGCCACAAUUAAGGGAGGAGGGCAUACAGCUGAGUACACCCCGAAAGAAUGUUUUUCUCUGUUUAAAAGGUGGAUAAAUGGAGAGCCUUUAUGACUUCAAAGUUGUGAAGUAAAACGUGGUUCAGCUUUGAUGGAUAGGAACUCCAAUGGUGGCAAGAACUGCCCAAAUAUUGUUCUAUAUAGCAUAUUCCCCUGUUUCAGUGAAAGCCCCCAGUUA